GAGGAGGCGACGACUCGCAACUUCAGAGGGCUGCUCCACUGCCUCACUAAAUGUCACUGGCUGUAUAAAUAUGGGAUCUCGCCCCUGUGGAUCACACACUUGACCAAAUGCACCGCGCAAGAGUCUGACGGGCCAUUUGAAUCCAGCGAUCCUCCGUGGGUAGGCAGUUUUGGGUCCAUGCGUGAGUGUGGGCUAGUGAUAUAAAGCCAAAAGAAAGAAUAGGCGCAGGUAUUUGGGGAGGUGGGGGGUGGGGGUGAACCGGCGAGAUCGGUUGUGGAUCUUUGUGGAAAUCGAGGGUGAAGGAAAAAUAAUAAUUGUUAACAGAUCGAUCCGCACUUCGCACCCGUUUUUUUUGGUGGAUAUGAUGGAUCAGUGGAUGUGAUGCCCGUUUAUAUCAUCGACCGAAAACAUCCCGACACAUCUGAGCGAACAUCCAUAAAGGUGAGUUGAUACAGCUGGCAGCAGAAGAAGGACACCUGAAAAUGACAGAGACCAACCCCCCCAAAUCAGCCAAGAAGCUCCGCUGGAGCUCCCUGGAGGUCGGCCUCAUUACCAUUGUCUCUUUGCUCUUCAUCGUCAUCGUCGCCCUCAUCAUCCUCUUUGCCACACAGAAGAGUGAUGAAAUCUGCACGUCAGCUGACUGCACGCAGUCCGCUUCUCGCCUCAUUGAGAACAUGGAUGCCAGCGUGGACCCUUGUGACAACUUCUACGAGUACGCCUGUGGGGGCUGGCUGAAGAAGAACAUCAUCCCUGAGACCAGCUCCAGAUACAGCACCUUUGACAUCCUACGAGACGAGCUGGAGGUCAUUCUCAAAGGCAUCCUUGAAAAAACAGUGGACAGUGAAGCUGCUGCACUCACCAAGGCCAAGACCCUUUAUAAGUCCUGCACCAAUGAGAGUUUAAUCGAGCUCAGAGGAGGGGCUCCUUUGCUCGAUAUGCUGCGUUUUGUGUUUGAGUGGCCCAUAGCUGUGGACGACUGGGAGACUAACUAUGGUAAAACAUGGAGGUUGGAGGACGUCUUGGCCAAGCUCAAUGAGAAAUAUGGAACUCAACUCUUGGUCAACUUUUUUAUCAGCACCGAUGACAAGAACUCCAAUUCACACAUCAUUCAUUUUGACCAGCAGACGAGCCUUGGCCUCUUGUCUAGAGAUUUCUACUCCUGCACGGGACCUUAUGCAGAGGCAUGUCGAGCAUAUGAGCAGUUUAUGAUUGAUUUGGCAAAGCUGAUCCGCUCAGACCGGAGAUUGGCCAUCAACGAAACCCGUAUCAGAGAAGAAGUGACACGAGUAAUGGACCUCGAGAGGGACAUCGCCAACGCGACUGAUACCCCAGAGGACCGUAACAACCCCGUGUUGCUUUACAACAAGAUGGAGCUGGGUGAUCUGAACGCCAACUUCACCCUGGAGGUUGAAUCCAAGGUAUUUAAUUGGAGUUACUUUACAGCAAAGAUAAUGGAUACAGUCAACAUCAGCGUCCCGGACACAGAGAAGGUCAUAAACUACUCCCCCAACUAUUACAGACGACUCAACCUCAUCUUUGCCAAAUACGGCAAGAGGGAUCUGCAGAACUACAUAGUGUGGCGUUUUGCUAUGAACAUGGUGAUUGGCCUGAGUAGAAAUUACAGGGACACCAGGAAAGCCUUCCGCAAGGCUUUGUCCGGUACAACGUCAGAGGCGGCGGUGUGGCGACAGUGCGCACUUUACGUCAACAACAACAUGGACAAUGCUGUAGGACGACUGUAUGUGACGGAGGCCUUCUCUGAAAAGAGCAAAGAACUGAUGGAGGAGAUGAUUAAAGAUAUUCGGGAAGUGUUCAUAAGUAACCUUGAUGACCUGAGCUGGAUGGAUGCAAAGACCAAGAAAGCAGCUGAGGAGAAGGCUCGAGCUAUUCGGGAGCGGAUUGGCUAUUCUGACAACAUAAAGGAUGAUGAAUAUCUUAACAAUGAGUACAAAGAUCUGGAUUACAGUGCGGAGGAGUACUUUGAAAACAUUCUAAAGAACCUGGAGUAUGUGCAGAAAAAACGCCUGCGGAAACUCAGAGUCAAAGUCAACAAGGAGGAGUGGGUAACUGGAGCUGCUGUUGUCAACGCCUUCUACUCAUCCAGCAAAAACCAAAUAGUUUUCCCAGCAGGUAUCCUCCAGCCGCCUUUUUUCAGCAAAGGCCAGCCUAAAUCUCUCAACUAUGGGGGCAUCGGCAUGGUUAUUGGUCACGAGAUAACACACGGCUUUGAUGACAACGGUCGUAACUAUGAUAAGGAUGGCGACCUGAAGGACUGGUGGACCCCAGAAUCCACUAAUAGGUUCCUGGACCUGUCAAAGUGCAUCGUCAAUCAGUAUGGCAAUUUCUCCUGGGACCUGGCCAAUGGACUACAUUUAAAUGGUAACAACACCCUCGGGGAAAACAUUGCUGACAAUGGAGGGAUCCGGCAGGCAUAUCAGGCCUAUAGGAACUAUGUGGAGGGGCACGGAGAGGAGCCAUCACUGCCCGGCAUUGACCUCUCCCACAAUCAACUCUUCUUCCUAAACUUUGCUCAGGUGUGGUGUGGAACACAUCGACCAGAGCAAGCUGUUAAUUCUGUUAAAGUAGAUGUACACAGUCCAGGGAAAUUCAGAGUACUCGGCUCCCUACAGAAUUUCCCAGAAUUUGCCAGAGCAUUCAACUGCAACAAGAGCAGCCACAUGGUGCCUGACAACAUUUGCCGUGUGUGGUGAUCCACGGACCUCUGGGACGGGGAGAGUUCUGACAUUGUUGUUCCUGUCCCACUGUACGUUUCCCCCCUCUGACUGUUGGAGCACUCGUAGGGGAAGUGCGAGCUUCCCUCGGCUCUUCACUGAUUGGAACAGGACUGGUGGACUGACACUGCAGUAUGCACUUCCUGCGAGGAAAGCAGUGGCCUGUUACCCUCAUGGACGGGUGGGAGCGCCGUCUCUCCUGCUCUGAUACUGUAGUUCAUUCAAUCAGCCUGAUUAUUCUGCUACUCACUGGAUUCUUUUCUUUUUUGUCCUUUCCAUUUUCUCCUUGUUUUACUCAUCUUUUGCCAAGUCUGCCAAUGUGAGCGUCUUUCAGUCAAAAUACUGUAUAUGUCGAGGGAGGGGCGGACAGAAGAUGUGCUUAAAUCCACUGGCAUAUGAAUGAAUACACCCCCCCCCCCCCCACACUCACACACACAUACACGUCUAAAAGGGCCACUGAACCACUGUAGUGUAUGUGGGACUGAGCACUUAGUUUCAGCCUUCAUCUACAUGCUGAUACGCUCUGCAGUGCAUCCGUAGUGUACUCGUUGUUAAUAGGUGUAUCCAGAAUAGACAAGUUAUUACAAAUAAUCUGAACAUGCUGAAUAGACCAGUGAGUAUACAACCCUAAUCAUAUAUUAAAAAAUACUGGCCUAUAUUUAAUGAUAGUUACUUUACUGCUGUUGAAAGGCGGCUGCUGUUCAUUAACAGUAUGUCAUAUGAACCAAAUUUGAUAUUUUUACCUUUAAGAUAGGUGGUCAUGAAUCAUGGAGCUGACAAAUCGACACCGGACCCUUCUUUUGUCUUGAUGUGCUUUCCAGUAUUUCUAAGUCACUAUGCUCACUGCCAACUGGUCCAAAUGAUCUACUGUGCUGCUGUGUCUGAGAGUGCGUCUGUGGAGGAGAAUUAAGAAUAAGAAAGUGCAUCAUCAAAGCAAUAGUUUGACUUUUUCCACGUGUAGGAGUUUUGCAGAUGGUUUAAUUAGAACAUUGGUACCACUCUCAUGUCUUUCUGAUACAGUCUGCAGAUGGUCAGCCACUCUGUACUUUAUAUCAUGAUCAUAACUAUAAUUUCAAUCAAACAAACCAAAAUAAUGUUAAUGGAUAGGUGUUGGAUAAGCUGUUUCCCAUGUUUCCAAACUUCAUGCUAAGCUAACCAUCUCCUGGUUGUAACGUUAUAUUUAUAAGAAAGAUAUGACUGGUAUUGAUAUUCUUAAUUUAAACCUGGAAAAAAAGGUUAAAUUCACAAAAUGUUGAACUAUGUUAAAAAUUGUAGCAAUAUCUCAGUUUGAUUUUGAGAAUUGCAUGAAUGUAUAAGACAUUGAAGCAAAAGUAAUUUGACAGACAACUAGAUAACUAAUGUUUAGUGAGUCUUUCCAGGAACCUAUUGGAUUUUGAAACAUUGCAUGCAUUUUUCCAAAUGCCCAACAUUUAAUUAAGUUAGUGGAUCAUAGUUUAGCAUUCAUGGUUUUGUUGGGCUUUGUUGUCAAAUUGUAUCUAAGCCGUUUUCUAUUGAAACUAGUGACUGAUGUGCCAUGAUCAUGUAGACCACUUUGAUGCCCUCCAUGUGCAGCCUUGUUAUGUUUCCUCGUGUUUAUUUAUCUCAUUCUAUGUGCAAGCUCUCUGUCCUUGUAACCGCUUCUCACUCCCUUAGGCUUUCAUCCUUUUUGCCUCUCUCUCUCUCUUUCUCUCUCUUUUAGACUCCACCUGUAGAAGGACAGAUACACCUCAGUUGCCUGUAUUGAGAUACUUUAUAAUAAUGACUGAUGAUCAUCUUGAGGAACAUUUUUUCUGUCAAAAUAAAUAUUUAAAUAACA